AUGGUGAUGAAAAUUGAUGGAAACCAGAGUACUUUCAGAUACAGUUCCAGUUAUUGGACAGACAACACCACGUACAACGACGAUGACGAUGGAAGAAACGGAGGUUUUGACAACCGAGAAUUCAAAGGAUCAACAUAUUGGAAAACUUCAUUCAAUGAGAUUUGUGUCGCGAUGAAAUAUGGUGGUCAACUCAGAGCCUUCUCUUUCUCGUAUCCAGCAUCGUCCUUGUAUGAUCUGAUCGCUGACGGCAGGUAUCGUCAGACUCACGUUGGCCGCUCUCAAUGGAAACAGCUCAUCCAUGGAUCAUCUUUACAGCACCAUUGCAAUAAAGAAGGAUUUAAUAUGUAUUUUGGCACAAGAUAUGUCAACCCAUACGAUCCUGGUCUUUGCACCGCAGAAAAACGAGGAAAGUUUGUGGUUGUGAAAGAUUACAAUGAUGAUGAUAAAAUCCUGGCUUGUGUUCAACACGAUGGAAAAUAUCAAUGGGAAACGAUGAAUGGUCACUCCUAUGGCAACUAUUUUGAUCCGGCGAAAGAUUGUUCUGGUAUUGUGGACAAUGUUCCAAAAGCGAAAAGUGGAGUUUACUGGAUUCAGACACGAAAUGGUCCGCAAAAGUCAUGGUGCGAUGUUGAAACAGACGGUGGAGGAUUCUUGUUGAUUGGCGUCAAAGACACACCAGAAACCUGGGCUAUUCCUUCCAACGCUUCUUUCAUCCACCCCCACGGUAAGCCAAGGUGGUCAAGUGCAUUUGGUGAGCAAGAAAUCUUGGAUUUCCGAGUUCAAAUUUCCAUGUCAGAAGAUUUUCGCGAUACACGAGCACACUGGUAUUAUCGUUUCAAAUCCCCCGCAAGCUCUCGAAAUUGCUAA